UGACAUCAGCUCGGGCUUUUCAAUUCCUGGAUGGCAGCGGCGUGUUAAUCCAACCUUCAUCCUGGAUUUCAUAAACUAAAGCAAGAGAGGUUGGCAGGAGGACAACUCAGCCGGAUUGAGGAAAUUGAUGACGGCGAAGCGUGCGGGCAACCCAGCGUAUAAAACUCAUCCACUUGUAGCCCGAUGCUCAACUACUUCUUUGAUUCUUGGCGUCUGCACCCCGCAGCCCCGACAGCGGUCCUUUAAGUUGAGAGUUCGGCUUGGUCAGCCUCCUUGUGCGCCCCCGGGGGAAUCAGCCAUGAAGGGCCUCUGGCUGCUGCUGACCACGCUGCUGAUACCUGCGCACCUGGAGGCGGCCGGGGGCAGAAACAGGUACGCGGUGGAUUGUCCGGCUCACUGCGAUCCCAACCACUGCAAAAGCAGCCAGAACUGCAAGCAAACCGUGCUGGACGACUGCGGCUGCUGCCGCGUGUGCGCCGCGUACCUCGGCGGGAAUUGCUACCGCACCGUCUCGGGCAUGGACGGCGCCAAGUGCGGCCCGGGGCUGUACUGCCACUUUUCCAACCAGGAGGAUGCUUUUGGUGAAGAGUUUGGUAUCUGCAAAGAAUGUCCUUAUGGUACCUAUGGAAUGGGAUGCAAACAGACCUGCAGAUGUUCAUCUGGCGUAUGUGACAAAGUUACCGGAAAAUGUUUGAAAUUUCAAUUUUUCCAAGCUUCAAGGCCUUCCAAAAGGAGAUUGGUGCCUUCUUCUGAUCAUGACAUGGCUUCUGGAGAUGGUAAUGCCGUCGGAGAACAAUUUGCGAAAAACAAUGCAGCUCACCCUCCGGUAACGAAAUGGCUAAAGCCUCGCUGAUAUUGGGUGUGAUUUGAUGGGACAGCCAAAUGAGUACUCCCCUUGAAGAUUGUUCAAUGCACAGUCACACAUUUCAAGAGCUAUCUGGCUUAUCCAAUAGGAAAACCUAACUCCUGAAGACCUAUUGUGAUCCAGUGUGCCUCCAGUGGGGGUGGGGGUGGGUGGGGGUGGAGAAAGAUUACUUACAUUCUGUAAAAUGCAUAUGGCUGGACACUUUUAGAUAUUUGUCUUGCUAAGUAUUUGGACACUAGACAUAUUCUAGAUCUGAUAGAUAUAUAGCAAUAAUGAAGAACUAAAAGGAAAGAUAUCAAUGCCAGUGUUCAGGUGUGGCAGCCAAAGAAAAGAUGUGGAGAGCUAAAACUCCCAGCCUGUCCUUUGAUUGGGAUGGAUACUGAUACCAAAAGCCUAAUAGUGAGGGAUGGGGAGACUGGGAAGGGGUGGGAUCAGACAGCAAAUAUCAUAUGCCAAUGUGUGUUCUUGUGAUGCCUUUUAAUUCAAUGUAGUGAUUGUAAUUGGAUUGAGUGCUUUCUUUCACACUGAGAGAAACAAAAGGAAAUCUAAAUGAGAAAACUCAAUGAAAAUAAGUGAGAUGGAUGUCUGCUGCCCAUAUGAAAUUGUGUAGAUGUGGGUAACAUUGGAGCACAUUUUAAAGGACUGUUUAUGUUAUCUACAGACUCAGAUGGCUUAUGGAAGGAUUCUAGGACAGAGGGGAGAAACAGCUUUAGAAAUGAUUUUAAAGAACUAGUUUCCACCUCAGAGGCAGGAAAUGGAGACAUUUUUGUUAGUUUAGGGGGAAAGGGUAAAUAUUUAUAUAUUUUUUUAUAAAGAUACAUGUUACUAUGAUUCACCUUGUAUGCCCAUAUUUAUCCCUCUCUUGAGGAGGUGAUCAUGGCAUGGAUUAUGUGCAGAGGAUGGUAGUGGGAGACUUGAGAGAGCUGCCUAAAGGCGGCUUUAACUUUCCAAAUAUGAGUAGCCUGCUGGCUAGAUGGCAGUUAUAAUAAUAGAAGUCAUAAGCAUAAGUGGAACCUCGAAUACUUCAGCCACAUGGCAAUUAAUUUUUGUUAGAUUUCCCCAGAAAAUGUACUGUUACUGAAAUGUCAUUCAAAUUCAAAACUGCAAAUGACUCCUUGAGCAAGGCUGCAAAAGGAAGGCUGAUUUUAAGCUGGUAACUAGCUAAUGUGCUGACUUUUUGAUUUUGAGGGAUUUGAUGCCUGUUUUUUAAACCUGGAAAAUUGGGAUGUAUGGUGGAAAUUGGGGUACAAUUAUAAUGAUCCUAGCAUAAGCAGCACCGCUAUAUGAGAUGCUGGCCAGGAAUAUUUGCAAGGUAUUUUAUUUGAAGUUAAGAAUUGAGCUAUUAUUGUUGUUGUUGUUGUUGUUAUUAUUAUUAUUUAAAAAUGAUUUUACUAUUUACAUAGAUCUUAGGCUCUAAAUUUAUGCCAGAGUUGUGAAUGAGAGAUGGGGUCUUUGAAUGUAAACCUAAUAAGCUGUUUGAUUUUUGUUUUUAA